AUAUCGUAUGUGAAAUUGUGAAGGGCUUUCGACGAAUAUCUCAGUCCCUUAGACAACUAAAUAUCACGAAAAAUCUGGACAUUAUCGUACGGAGAAUUAAUUACAUGGUGAUAUUAAUAACUAGUGGUUACAUCAUUACAAUUAUUUUGGGACUUGUAAUUAUACCCACACGAGGACACGUUAAUUUAUUAGUGCGGAUAACAUUCAACGGUUGUCGUGGCAUCGGCCAUGUCAUUACGGGAUUAUUCAUCAGUGUAUUAGUGACAUUAAAAGGAUAUUUGCAUUUCGUUCAUAGAUUCGUCAGAGGAUAUCCCGACAGUUUUAAGGUUUCGAUGGAAAAAGGAUUAUUUUCAGAAAGGUCAUUUCUCUGGGGUAUUUGAUUUUGGGGGGAAUUAUAAGAUGAGAAUCUUCUUGUAGGACUCAAGGCUGCAGUCAUCAAGUGAUCUGUCUUCGAGCACUUGCCCAGGUGCAUGUAGAACUCCAAACUAUUUUGAAAAUGGUGGAGAUUUAUUUUCGAGCGCCAAUUUUAUUCUUUCUCAUUGCACACUUCAUCAACAUUGCCUCGUACUUCUACGUUAUAUGUUUGCAUUUAAAACAAGGACCCGAUAAACCUAUCACAGCCACAUUCCUCUUAUUCCUCAUGUGGCUGAUAAUUCAUGUUGUCGAAGUGCUCGCAACAAUUGAGGCAGUGAACUCUGUCAUUCUUCAGGGAAAUCAGACAGGGAAUAUUUUCCACAAAUUAAUUAUUGAAUAUUAUUCCACAGACGUCGUAGAGGCUGUGAAAAUGAUAUCCUUACGAAUUCAUCAGGAACCAAUGAAGUUCAGUUUGUAUGGAUUCGUAGAUUUAAAUCCAUCGCUGAUGUACAGAGUUUUUAGCGCAAUCACCACUUACUUUAUCGUAAUGAUACAGCUUGAUAUUCAGAAUGAAUCUGAUGAAAAUCAUUGUUAAUUCAAAGAUUUUUCCCUCGAGGGAUUCAUUUCAUGGACUUGAAGAGAGUGAAAUAUGACAGAGAUGCUCUCAUCGCCUGGAAGCAAUAAUCAAUAUUUAAUUGACCACUAAAAAUUAUGGAUCAUCAAUCAUAAAUUGUUCA